CGUGUGCUCGAGUCUCCGCUGAGCCCCGGUGUUGUGCUUGUCUCUCUCAUACUCCACUCUACAAAGUUUGGCGAGCCAUAUCCUUCUGCAAUCAAACAGCAAAGAUCUUACAUCGUUUCGCUCAGCAUAAUUUCCAUAUUUUACAGACACAAAAAAAAGGAACAGAAGGAACUACUAUCCAGAGGCCAAAGGCAUAUGCUGGUAGCCCCAUUAUCUCCUUUUCGUUAGGUGGUCAAGCAUAACCAAAUAUGGAAGGCACCCCGGUUGAAAUUUUCAAAGAAGACAAGUGCCUCACGGCGCUCAUCGAAGACUGUUAUAUGAAUGCUACUUCGCAGUCUGGAUACCCAGAAGGUCACAAUCUGACUUUUGACUCUGACUGGGAAGAGGACCCCAUGUCCCCAAUCAUCCCCAUCAUCACAGCUGUGUACUCCGUGGUGUUCGUGGUGGGCCUGGUGGGCAACUGCCUCGUCAUGUACGUUAUCAUCAGGUAUACAAAGAUGAAGACAGCCACCAACAUUUACAUCUUCAACCUGGCUCUGGCCGACGCCCUGGUCACCACGACGAUGCCUUUCCAGAGCACUGACUACCUGUUGAACUCGUGGCCGUUUGGCGAGGUGGUGUGUAAGGUGUUCAUCUCCAUCGACUACUACAACAUGUUUACCAGCAUCUUCACCCUGACCAUGAUGAGUGUGGACCGCUAUGUGGCCGUGUGCCACCCGGUCAAGGCCCUGGACUUCCGGACGCCGAUCAAAGCCAAGAUCAUCAACAUAUGUAUCUGGAUGCUGUCCUCUGCAGCAGGGGUACCAGCACUGCUACUGGGUGGCACCCAGUCCAACAAUGGAACCACGGAGUGUGCCUUGCAGUUCCCGGAACCGUAUGUGUACUGGGACACCUUGAUGAAGGUCUGCGUGUUUGUGUUUGCCUUCGUGGUGCCCGUGCUCAUCAUCACCGUGUGUUACACCCUCAUGGUGCUGCGACUCAAGAGCGUGCGUCUCCUCUCGGGCUCCCGGGAAAAGGACCGGCAGCUGCGGCGCAUCACCCGCCUGGUCAUGGUGGUGGUCGUGGUGUUCGUAGUGUGCUGGACGCCCAUCCACAUCUUCAUCCUGGUCAAGGCGCUGGUGAGCGUGCCCGAGACCACCGCCGUCAUGGCCGCCUACUUCUUCUGCGUGGCGCUGGGCUACACCAACAGCAGCCUCAACCCCGUCCUCUAUGCCUUCCUGGAUGAGAACUUCAAGAGGUGCUUCAAGGACUUCUGCCUGCUGAAAAAGCUGAAGGGGGACAAUGCCUCAGGGAAGAACAACAGGAGCACCAUGAGGGGAGGAAGGGAGGCCCCACUGCCACUGGAGAACCCAGACGGGACUAGAAAGCCGGCAUGACUAGCCAUGGAGAUGUCUUCCAUUUCCCGCGUUGGAAAGGAAGACUCCAAUGAUCUGGGCCUAACCCAGGUGACAUCAGGAAUGUAAGCACACACAACAGUGCUAAUUUAGAUGACUGGUGUUCGUUCCAUUUGUUUUACUAUUAGGCCCAAAUCAAUGGUCCGUUUCCUCACACUUAGAAAAGGGAUAUAUCAAUAUUCUUUGAUGUCAAAUUUAUUUGCACACAUCAAGAGGGGAAAAAAACAUUUCACAUGCCAACUAUAUGACACACUUCAAAAUGAUAAGAACCUAUAUUAUCUCAGUUUUACUGUGUUCCUUCAUAGUUACUUGUUAUGCUGACUCUGCAUCUACACAGUUCUAAAUGGAUUGCAAGAUGCAACAUCCUCCUUCUAGCCUCUGCCAUUCAAUUAAAUAGUUAUCCUUGCCAAAACAUCAAUAAUGAUUGGGGAAGCACUUUAAAGGGGCAACCUGGGAUUGGCACAUCCAUCGAUUUUGCCAUAUCUGUCUCUACCAACCAAUGUGUAUGUGGUGCAGAGAUCUAUUACCUCCUUUGGGAGUGGGGCACCCUUAUGGGUGGCAGGUAGAACAAGGCAGUUAACCCACUGUUCCAAGGCCGUCAUUGAAAAUAAGAAUUUGUUCUUAACUGACUUGCCUAGUUAAAUAAAGGUAAAAAAAUAAAAAAAUAAAUGGCAUGAUAACACAAAAAAAAGUAUUUUUCAAGUCAAAACAAAUUUGAUUUGUCACAUGCGCCAAAUACAACAGGUGUAGACCUUACAGUGAAAUGCUUACUUACAAGCCCCUAACCAACAGUGCAGUUUUAAGUGGCAAUGCAAAUAGUCUGGGUAGCCAUUUGAUUAGCUGGUCAGGAGUCUUAUGGCUUGGGGGUAGAAGCUGUUUAGAAGCCUCUUGGACCUAGACUUGGCGCUCCGGUACCGCUUGCCGUGAGGUAGCAGAGAGAACGGUCUAUGACUAGGGUGGCUGGAGUCUUUGACAAUUUUUAGGGCCUUCCUCUUACACCGCCUGGUAUAGAGGACCUAUCUAUAUAUCUUUUUGGGGCUAGGGAAAGGUUGUAUUCUAUGGAGAUGAAACACAGGCCUCUGCAUGGUGGUCUGCAGGAUGGUAGCUACUAAAGAGCUGCUGGAAAUGAGUCAGUCAAAAUAUCCUUUAUACAUGUUGAUGAAAUCCUCAGGGACAUAGAAAGUACUGGGUGUUAGACAUUUUACCUUGUAAUAUACUCACCGGCCAGUUUAUUAGGUACACCACCACGUUCAUAGAAAUGGAUCGCUCCUACAGACAGUGAGCCGCGUGGCCAUGGCUUGCUAUAUAAAGCAGGCAGACAGGCAUCGAGGCAUUCAGUUAAUAAUCGAUUGAACGUUAGAAUGGGCAAAACAAGUGACCUAAGCAACUUUGAGCGUGGUAUGAUCGUCGGUGCCAGGCGCGCCAGAUCCAGUAUUUCAGAAACGACCGCCCUCACGCACGACAGUGUCUAGGAGAAUAGUGCGGCAAACAAAAAACAUCCAGUCAGCGGCAGUCCUGUGGUUGAUGACAGCUCGUUCAUGAAAAGAGGUCGGAGGAAAAUGGCAAGAAUUGUGUAAGCUGACAGGCGGGAGCCAUAAACAGACAAAUAACUGUGCAGUACAACAGUGGUGUGCAGAACUCGUCGAUCUUUGUCACGGAUGGGCUGUUGCUAUCACGUUUGCAGUAGACGACCACACCGGGUUUCACUCCUAUCGGCUAAAAACAAGAAGAAGGGUCUCCAGUGGGAACAUGAUCACCAACACUUGACAAUUGAGGAGUGGAAAAACAUUGCCUGGUCCGAUGAAUCUCAGUUUCUGUUGCGUCAUGGUGAUGGCAGUCAGGAUGUGGCGUAAGCAGCAUGAGCCCAUUCUGCCUGGUGUCAAUGAUACAGGCUGGUAACGGUGGUGUAAUGGUGUGGGGAAUGUUUUCCUGGCACACGUUAUGUCCCUUGAUAUCGAUUGAGCAACGCUUGAAUGCCACAACGUGUCUGAACAUUGUUGCUGACCAAACCCAAUAGAGUAUCUUUUUAUGUGAGAUGGAACAGGCUGUUCGAAGCAUGAUUGUACCGCCAUCCAAUCUGCAGCAACUGCGUGAUGCCAUUGCAUCAGCAUGGACCAACAUCCCUGUGGAACAUUUCCAACACUUUGUAGAAUCCACGUCCCGAAGAAUUCAGGCUGUUCUGUUGGCAAAGGGGGGUCCGACCUGGUACUAGAUGUGUGUACCUAAUAAACUGGCUGGUGAGUGUUGCUGCUGAUGACAAUUCACUACAAAAAAAUAUGUUAUGCUUAGAGUUAUUUGCUAUAUUCUAUAAAUGAAAGUAGUUGUCUACUUAUUUACAUAUCUUAUUGACUUGAUUUUUGGUCCAUUUGUGUUUUUAAUGUAUCUAUUUAUCUUACUGUAUUUAUCUUGUAUGCAUCCCAAAUAGCACCCUAUUCCUUAUAUAUUGCAUAUGUAAUCCAUGGACCCUGGUCAAAAGUAGUGCACUAUAUGGGGAAGAGGGUGGCACUUUUUUUUGUAAUGCAAGUUUGUCAUUCUGUAUGUUUCCGGGCCAUAUGUUUUGCCGAAGCAGCAGCAAUUCUUCCUGGGGUCCACACACAAACAUAAAACACGACAAGUAACAAAGCACUGAAACACUGAUAGACAAGAACAGUCACACAAAUGUAAAAUAUGAUAUACAACAAAAAAUAUAUAAAAAAAAAAUAUAUAUAUAUAUGUGCCUUUUACGUCCAGGAUAAAGCAUCUCCAGCCAGAAGUAAAGGUUUGAUACUACAACAUGGACACUGGGGUCAAUUCAGCACUCACAUUUAUCAAAAUACAGCCUUGCCAAACCCAAAGUCAAGCAUGUAUCAGUGUGCUGUUUGACCCUAGUCUGGCUGAUGCUUGGGGGACUUUGAGAAGCGAACAAACUUCCCAGUGAGCUAAAUUUGUUUAAAAGGACGUUGAAAAGAUGCUGUAACGACGUUAAAAAGACGUCUUUUCAACCAAUUUUGCUCACUGGGAACAUGUUCGUUAAGAAGAGUUACUGUAGGUGACUUGAGAAAGGCUCAUGUGAAAAUCCUGGACUUGAAUGUUUUUUUCAAAUUUGACAGAGGGCUUACAUCAACGUUGACGUCUGGAGCUAUCUCCUUUGUGUCAAGUUGUUCAUUUUAUGAUAUCAAUCGCGUGCUGUUUAUAUGGCUUGCGCCUGGAUAUACGUGUUCAUAUUUGUAUAUUCUUACCGUAGAGAAACAUGAGUAUAUCAAUGCAACCUAAGAAAAAUAAAUACAUUCAGAUUACUGUGUGAUAAAAUAUACAUCGUAUACAUAAAGUGCGUAGUCAGAAAAUAUAAUUGCACAGGCAUUUUGAAAUGUGCCAGUAUUUCAAUCAUGUCAAGGAGCAUAGCAAUGGGACAUACUUAAACUAAAUCAUUGAAGUGUUUAAACGUUUGGUCAAGCAACGUUAGCGAAGUAAAUGCUUGAUAGUCAGCUCGGUUUGUAAAUGUUCUAAUUCUCACCGCUUAUCCUUUGGAAUGUAUAUUCAAUGACUUUAAGAUGUACUGUGUAACUUACACGUCUUUCAUUCUUCGAACCAUGGCAUUCGUAAAACAUAUGAUUCAUUCUCAGAGCCAUGUAGUACAUUAUAAAUACAUUCCUCUUCAGUUUAAAGGGGCAAUCUGGGACUGGUUCAUCCAUUUUUGGACUAUUAAAUGAAAUGCAACCAUUGAUUCUUACAGAAUAUAACUUAUGAGUGCUUCAUGAGCUUAGUUCAACUAUUAUACCAGGACUCAAAUUCUAAAGUUGUUUGUCAUUUUGUUUUCAUGAAUGGUCAGUCCUCGCAUCAAUAGCUCUGUCUAUGAAUUUCUGAGUGGUUAUAUUACAUUUCUCCAGCCCCAUCCCUCAGCUGUUUUACCAAAUCAAGUGGCGUUGUGACUGCUUUGUUGUUUUUCAAAUCCCAGAUUGCCCAUUUAUGAGAGUUUGAUAACCGACCUAAUUCAGUCCAUCGUAUCUGAAUAAGGACCUGGGUAGAGCACUGUUGAUCAUAGCCUUCAAAUGAUUUUAAAAAGGAAGAUAUAUAAACACAACCUUGGUGUAUUUUUAGACCUGUUUUACUGUUUCGUCGUGCCCUUUUCUUUAUGACUAAUUGCUGUGUAUUUGUUGGAGUACAGACACCUGUUUAGUCAUAUCCAAGGCACAGACACACAGUUAUGUAAGUGGCUGUCUUGCUGUGAAAACACAGAAACACUUUUUUUAUGUGUUUAGAGUUGAGGGCAACAAGACUUUGAGAUAUGAUUCAAAAUGAUAACAAUGGUUUAUUAAUUCAUACGAGACAGAAAUGUGUCUUCCGCUGUACCCAACUCUGCUGUAGUUUGAGAAAACAUAAUUUGUCAUGAACUGUUGUUUAAUAUCACUGUUUCAAAAUCUCGUUCACCCGUUCAGUUUUCUUUCAAAUGUACAGGAGGUGCUCAGCAGUGGCGUCAUUAGGCCUGGGUUUCUGUGUCUUCAGCCCCACAUGUUUUUGAUGCAGUCCCGAACCAUGCAGUAUACAAAUUAAAUAUAUGUUUUACUGACAACUUUAUUGACAAAAAAAACUAUCCAAUAUACUGUGCUAGGCAGUAGCAGGCGCUGCAAGAAGCCCCUGGAGUGACGCGGUGCCUGCUGUGGUUUCAGAACGCAGUGGACCACUAUUUUUAUUACUCUUUUUAUUCACUUAGCUACUUGCGUUUUCUAUGGUGGUUGCAUUGCCAAGAUGUUAAUCUGCAAGUAAGAAUUUCAUUGCACUGUGUACUCCAUGUAUGUUAUGUGUAUAUGACAAAUAAACAAACUUGAACUUA